AUGGUGCAAGAUGAAGUCAACCAGAGCCACGUGACCAGUUUUGUCCUCUUGGGUUUCUCAGAAUACCCUCAUCUGCAGGUACUUCUCUUUUGUGUGUUUUUGAUUGGUUAUGCGACAGCUCUGAUGGGAAACGUGGGCUUGAUUUUGGUGAGAAGGAUCAAUCCCAAACUUCGUACACCCAUGUACUUUUUCCUCAGUCAUCUUUCUUUUCUGGAUAUCUGUUAUUCUAGUGUACUCACACCACAACUUCUACAGCUCUUAGUGGUGGAACGCAAAGUUAUCUCCUUUGAGGGAUGUAUGACACAGUUUUUCAUUGGCUGUGCCUGUGUGGUUACAGAAAUGUUUAUGCUGGCAGUGAUGGCCUACGACAGGCUGGUGGCCGUCUGCAAUCCUCUGCUCUACACAGUUGCCAUGUCCCGCAAGCUCUGUUCUCUCCUCAUAGCUGGGACUUAUCUGUGGGGCGGCCUGUGCUCAGCCAUACUUACUUAUUCCCUGGGACAGCUGUCCUACUGUGCACCCGGCAUCAUCAAUCAUUUUGGCUGCGAGUACUCUGCAGUCCUUUCUGCAGCUUGCUCUGACACGACUUUCAGCCAGAUGGCAUGUUUGGUCAUUUCCCUAUUCAAUGAGUCCUGCAGCCUCCUGAUCACCCUGGCCUCCUAUGUGGUCAUAGUUGUCACCAUCAUGAGGAUGCCCUCCAAGGGGGGGCUGAGAAAAGCCUUCUCCACCUGUGCCUCCCACCUGACUGCCAUCAGCAUCUUCCAUGGGGUCAUUCUCUUGCUCUACUGUGUGCCCAGCUCCACAAGGUCCUGGAUUCUGGUCAAAAUAUCUACUGUGCUUUAUGCAGUCAUGAUCCCCAUGCUGAACCCCCUCAUCUACAGCCUGAGGAGCAAAGAUGUGAAAGAGACGGUCAGGAGGUUCAUCAAAUUCCAACUGCAUACACACUCAUUAUAA